GCUCCUAACUCUUUGAUUUCCGUGGAGAAUAACAGAGCAGAGGCUCAGACUCCGAGGUAAAGGAAUGCAGAUCCUCGGGAGAGCGCAGAGCUCUGCGUGGGCUGAUAGAGCCUGCCCCCCCAGGGCUCUGUGCUUGGUUGGCACCACAAACCCCCCAACAGCGUGAUGACCAACAUGGAGAGCUGUGUGUUGAGAUUUGCACCCCUUUUCUGCAUUGAGAUUUGGGGUUUGCUUUGCAAGGCAACGCCAGCUUUCGUGCUUUCAAAGACUGAUGUUCAGCAGAAGCUGCUCCUGGCAGGAAUCUUGAAAGGAGAAGGUCCUGAAUACCCCCAGCCACUGGAAGGAUGGCAGGAAUUGGCUCAAGGUGCUGUGUCGUCAGGGUAGAGCACAGAGCAGGGAUUUUGCUGGGCCAAGCAAGCAGCCAGGCGUCGGUCAGCUCUUCUGCGCCUGUGGUGUCUUCUGACUCGUCUGCCUGCUCCCGACAUGGAGUAUGCCUGGUAUUGGCUUGAUGAUUCUGGGCAGUGGAUUGAGUACGGGGAAGAGCAUCCGGAUCACUGCUCUGCCACGGUGAAAUCUGCAGAUCUGGAGAAGAAAUUUCUAUCUAACCGGAAAGGCAUUGUGUUCUUCAGCGCUGGUUCUCAGAAGUAUGAAUUAAGAUUUGAAGACAUGGUACAAACAAAUUUGGUCUUUGGAACUCAAAGAGAAGUUGCCCGACUGCCAAAAUUUCUGUCCUCUCAAGGCGGACAAAACAGAAGCCAAAACAUGCCUCUCUCAUGUCCUCCCCAAUGGGCCCAGUCUGCACUGCCUGAUGUUGGGUACAAGGUACCUCUUUCCAGCUCUCUGAUGGGCAGGGCAAACUGUGUCCUGUACUGAUUUUUCUGAGAACAUGACCCCAAGGCACUUGAGAUGUUCCCAGCUCUUAAACAUGUCUUAUAAAAUAACCAACUAUGAGAUGAACCAAGACUGACAUUUCACAUUCAGAACAGACCUGUGUCUCCUGAGGAGGCUCUCUGAAACACCCUUACAUACACCAUGCAGGAUAAGAAAGGCCCUUUUUGUCAUUACUGGUUUGACCUGUCCUUUGCGUCCUCCCAAGACACUGAUCCUCUGAUAAAACUUGAUGAAUUGCAUCUUAAAGGGGUGUUGUGGUAUUUCCUCCAUUGCUUUAAGGCAAAAUGUUAUUUGCUGUGGCAAAACAAGGGCUUAGCCCUGUAAGGAAGGAAAUAGAGUGUCAAAUUAAGGUGAAACUGGUAUUCAGUCUUCUCCAGCUUGAAUACUGCUGUGCAUUUCAUCUUUAGGUUACUCUGGAGUAAAAAUAAUCUAGAUGUGGAGGUGUAUCCACCGAAGGAAGCUCAGGUGGGAUUGUAUUCAUUUCCCUCAGUCAGUGCCUGUGCUUCCAUGUGGGGAGUGGGGGUGAAGGUAGGGAGAGGAUGGUUGACUGGAAAGACAGGAGAAGCUUGUGAUAUUAACGGCAGGACU